GCAAACAAGAGGACAACGCGCAGAAACCGGACACUGCUGGAUGUUUUCAGGCCCAGGAUGGCCCAUAAGAGAUUUGCUCAAAUUCCCAUGUCUAAGCGCAUGCGAGAACUCUGUAAAGAGGAAGAUUUUGCUUUCUUAAAAAGCCAACCAGAACAGGACCAAAGUUCAGAGGAAGGCAAAGUCCAAGAAAGUCAAAAUCCGAAGAAGCUAGAGAGGGACCACCGUCAAGAGGAGCGACAGCUGAAGGAACAAGAGAGGCAACGUGAGAUAGAAGAACAGCAGAAGGAGAAAGAAGAGAAGUGGAAAAGUCAUGUAGCCGAGCUGGCGGUCAAACGUGAGGCCAUCCACGCAAAACUGCAUAGACUACGAGAAUUCAGGGACUUUCAGAAAAAAGUUCUUCUUCAGGAUUUGGAUCCUGGCUCUACAAAUGAAACCAUCAACCAUCUCUUGAUGAGGCUGUAAUCGUGUUUAUUACACAUUAAACAAACGACUAAACUGUCUCCACCCAAUCCAUCCAAAUAUUUAAAAUGUUAACAGAGCAGCUCUAUAUGAUAUACUGCAGGUGUGGAAGAGCUCAGAUAUCUUCUGAAGAUGUGUUAAUAUUAGACUGGUGAAAGAACGUGUCUAAGAAUAACAUGAGUGAAAUCUUAUCUCUACGUCGCCUUCAAAGACGCUAACCAGAGUAAAACACUU